UUCACUUAUGCGCUGUUUUUUUCUUUCUGUUCCGUUUCCUAUAAAUCCAUGCCACACCCUUCACCUUAUUUUCCGCACAUCAUAUUACUCUUUCACAUCAUUUCUCAACCUUCUUUGCUUGCACUCUCAUCAGAGAAGGAAAGCUUUUGAUAAAGAAAGAAACAGAAAGAACCUUGUAACUUUUGGCUUGAAAAGCCAUGGCCAGGGAGCAAAUUCAGGUGCUAAAUGCGCUUGAUGUGGCGAAAACACAAUGGUACCAUUUCACUGCAAUCAUCAUUGCUGGAAUGGGCUUCUUCACCGAUGCAUAUGAUCUAUUCUGCAUAUCCCUUGUUACAAAGUUGCUUGGCCGCAUAUACUAUCACGUUGAUGGCGCAGCAAAGCCCGGAACAUUGCCUCCAAAUGUUUCAGCUGCUGUAAAUGGCGUGGCUUUCUGUGGAACACUCUCAGGCCAGCUUUUCUUUGGCUGGCUUGGUGAUAAGAUGGGAAGGAAAAAAGUCUAUGGCAUGACUCUGAUGCUGAUGGUAAUAUGCUCCAUCGGUUCUGGCCUUUCAUUCGGACAUAGCGCGAAAUCUGUCAUAGCAACUCUUUGCUUCUUCCGGUUCUGGCUUGGAUUUGGUAUUGGUGGAGACUAUCCACUUUCUGCUACCAUAAUGUCUGAGUAUUCUAACAAGAAGACUCGCGGUGCCUUCAUUGCGGCCGUGUUUGCCAUGCAGGGUUUUGGAAUUUUGGCAGGUGGUAUCUUUGCAAUUAUAAUUUCAGUUGCAUUCAAGGAAAGGUUUGAUGCUCCACCAUAUGAGCUUGAUCCAGCUGGCUCAACUGUUGCACAAGCAGACUACAUUUGGAGGAUAAUUGUUAUGGUGGGAGCACUGCCAGCUGCAUUAACUUACUACUGGAGGAUGAAGAUGCCGGAAACUGCCCGUUACACCGCUCUAGUUGCCAAGAACACGAAGCAGGCUGCAGCAGAUAUGUCUAAGGUUCUGCAGGUUGAGAUUCAAGCUGAACCGCAGAAAGAGGAGCAGAAGGCUAACUCAUAUGGCUUAUUUUCAAAGGAGUUCCUCCGUCGCCAUGGACUGCAUCUACUUGGUACAGCAAGCACAUGGUUCUUGCUUGAUAUUGCAUUCUAUAGCCAAAAUCUAUUCCAGAAGGAUAUCUUCAGUGCAAUUGGUUGGAUACCUCCUGCAAAAACCAUGAAUGCCAUUGAGGAGGUUUACAGAAUUGCAAGGGCACAAACACUUAUUGCCCUAUGUAGUACAGUUCCUGGCUACUGGUUCACAGUGGCUCUCAUUGACAAGAUUGGAAGAUUUGCUAUCCAAUUGAUGGGAUUCUUCUUCAUGACUGUCUUCAUGUUUGCUCUUGCCAUUCCUUAUGACCACUGGACUCAUAAGGAUAACCGGAUAGGAUUCGUGGUGAUUUAUUCGUUGACCUUCUUCUUUGCAAAUUUCGGGCCUAAUGCCACCACAUUCGUCGUGCCGGCGGAGAUUUUCCCAGCUAGAUUCCGAUCUACUUGCCAUGGAAUCUCAUCAGCAUCCGGGAAGCUCGGGGCUAUUGUUGGUGCAUUUGGGUUCUUGUACUUGGCACAAAACAAGGACAAGAGCAAAGCAGAUGCAGGGUACCCUGCAGGUAUUGGUGUGAAGAAUGCACUUAUUGUCUUGGGUGUGGUUAACAUUUUAGGCUUCUUCUUUACAUUCUUGGUGCCUGAGGCAAACGGGAAAUCAUUGGAGGAGAUGUCAGGUGAGAAUGAUGAGGAUGUUGGAACCCAGGAAGAGUCAGAGCAAUCACAUUCUCACAACAACAAUAGAACUGUUCCAUAUGUUUAGGAUAUGUUUAUCUGUAAUCUUGUUAUAAAAAUAAAGUAGUGGCUUCAAUUAGGCUUGGAAAGCACAAAAGCUUUCCAUGCUCCUCUCCAAUAUUUCUGUUAAAUUUUGCCUGAACAACAUUUAGCAGGAAGAACUAAGAGUUAUUUGUUCUACGAAUAUUGGCAAAUUUGAGUUACAAUUGAUGGUGUAAUCAUUAUUGGAGUGUACAGUACUUUCAAUAUUUCACAAA